GCUCACUAAUGCUCUAAGCUGUCUCUCUCUUCUAUCUCUCUCUCUUUCUCUCUCGCCGUUCUCUGCUUCUCUUUGUCUACGUCCUGGGACCCUUUGUGAAGCCAUCAUUGAAUCUUGAAGAAGCAGCAAGAUAGACCCCAUAGCAAAGCCCUUUACGAAUCCCCCUUUGUUUGUUUAUAUUGGAGAUGGCGCAGGGCUUGGAUGACUGCGAGUUUUGGCUGCCGCCUCAGUUUCUCACUGACGACGACAUCCUUAUGGACUUCAAGCCCGUCAAUCUCAACGGCAAGAACGCCGGCUCUAACGCCGGCUCGUUUUUUCCCUUCGAUUACCCCUCUGGGUUCGGCUCGUUUGGACCGUCCUCUGAACAGGGCUCGUCGCUGAGCUCCACCGAGACGGAGAGCGACGAGGAGGAUUACCUCGCUGAGCUGACCCGGAAAAUGGCUCACUCCACUCUCCAGGACGACUUUUGCGACGCCCAGAAGGUUUGGCCUAUGGCCGGGUCGCCUCAGUCUACUCUGUGUGGCGUCCUGGGCGGUUGCGGCUGUAAGCAGGGCUCGAGUAGGGGAAGCCCAAACUGCGUGUCUCCGCCGCCGGCCCCGUUUCCGGCCGACCGCCAGGACGGCGCUUGGGAUCUGCUGCACGCCGCCGCAGGGGAAGUGGCGAGGAUGAAGUUGAUGGAAGAUUCCGUUGCGUUCGCGCAAAAUAGGGGACUUCUGGGCCCCCCUGGUAAACAAAACCCCAACUCAAAUAUUGGGUUUCAUUCGAAUCAGGCCCUUUCCUACCGCCAAUUGCAAGUCGCUCAGUUUCAACAACUCAAGCAGCAACAGAUGAUGAAGCAACAGGGUUCGGCUAUUUGGGGGCAGGCGAAGCCGGUUGGGCUUUAUCAGCAGAACCAGACCCACCAAAUGGUUCAAAACAGAGCAAGAAACAAUGGGCGCCCUCUUGGCCUCUCGCAGUCGGCUUGGCCGACUCUGCAACAGUCGCAGCAGCAGCAGCCGCCGAACAGUACCGGCAUGAGAGCGGUCUUUCUUGGGAACGCUGGUGCCAAAAAGGAAUGCGCCGGAACCGGGGUCUUCUUGCCUCGCCGGUUAAGUAGCUCAACUGAGGCCAGGAAAAAGCCAGCUUGUUCUACAGUGCUGCUUCCGGACAGAGUGGUUCAGGCCUUGAAGUUGAACUUGGAGGCCAUGGAUGCUCAAUCCCAGGUUCAGACUCGGUACAGCGGAACUUUCUCUUUUGAUUAUGACGCAGCUUCGAGGCACCGGAAUAACGUGGCAUUGUCUCAGAAGCGCAAUGUUCGGCCUCAGCCUGCGAUGAACCCCGAGUUCCGGCUUCCACAGGAGUGGACCUACUGACCGUUUGCACUCUGCUGUCAAGACCCUCUCUGUGAUUUACCAUAGUUCUGUGAAGGUUUGCAAAAUGAGGGGAAGUUAGGGAAGUUUGUUGGUAGUUUUAGCUAGCUUGCAAUGGAUAAGUAGGACUAUAGAAUAGAUAUAUAAUUGUAGUACGAAGAAGAGGAUGAUGAUGAAUGAUGAUUUGUAGGAAGAAAUUAAGAAAAUGGUUAUUUUGUUUUUUUGGAGCAGCAGAUAAAAGAUCUGUGUUGGAGGGACGAUGGGGCAGGGGAAUGUUGCAAGCAACAGCUCUCUCGGUUGAUUUUGGUUUGUUUUUUCUGGCUCGAGGCACCAGGAAGUGGUUUUGUGGGUUCUCUUGUCGUGUCCCGUAGAAGAUGUGAAGGAGAAGAAGAUAAUAUUUGGAAGAAUGGUUGGAUGAAAAAUAAGUGUUGUGUGUCAAGCCAAAGCAUAUGAUGAAAACGGGGCUGGGGCUGGGGUGGGUCGGGUCUUUUUGUAUGAUGAAAACAGGGGUUUGUUUUGUAGCCGAAUUGAUUCCAACCCGUCCAUCACUCCACGCAAUGGCCGGGAAUCAAUCAAUAAUAUAUCAAUAAUGAAAUAUUAUUAAAUCGUUA